UUUAGCAAUUGCAAGGCUGCUGCUGCUGCUUGCUCUGUGGCGCGCGCCAAAGGAAAGGAGAGCAGCCAGUGGCCGUGUGCGCGCGCCCAGGAGCCCAGAGGCGCCACGCGCGGGUCGCUCUCGCUGCUGCUGCUGCUGGUGGUGGAAGAGGAGGCUUGGCUCUUGCGUGGGAGCUGCUGCUUCUUCCCAGACCUUCCAGGGAGGCUCCACGCGUGUCUUUGCUCCUUGGCGCCCCUGCUUUGGGAGGAAAGGGCUGGAAAGAGGCCACAGAGCCAAGCCUGCCACCGCCGCCUUGCAGCAGCAAUGCAGCAAGUUCUGGAUAAUCUUACAGACUUACCCCCCUCAACUGGCGCUGAAGAAAUAGACCUUAUCUUCUUGAAAGGAAUUAUGGAAAACCCAAUUGUUAGAUCGCUUGCUAAGGCUCAUGAAAGACUGGAAGAUUCUAAACUUGAAGCCGUAAGUGACAACAAUCUGGAGUUGGUUAAUCAGAUUCUUGAAGACAUCAGCCCUUUAGUAAACAAAGAUGAAAACAUUGCAGAGUUGGUUGGUAUACUGAAGGAGCCACACUUUUUGUCCCUCUUGGAAGCCCAUGAUAUUGUGGCAUCAAAGUGUUAUGAGUCUCCUCCCUCUAGCCCAGAAAUGAAUAAUUCUUCUGUGAACAAUCAGAUAGUACCAGUAGAUGCAAUUCGUAUACUUGGUAUUCAUAAAAGAGCAGGAGAGCCACUGGGUGUGACUUUUAGGGUAGAGAACAAUGAUCUGGUAAUUGCAAGAAUCCUUCAUGGUGGCAUGAUAGAUCGACAAGGUCUUCUCCAUGUGGGUGAUGUCAUUAAAGAGGUUAAUGGUCAUGAAGUUGGAAACAACCCAAAAGAGUUGCAAGAACUCCUGAAGAGUAUUAGUGGUAGUGUCACUCUGAAGAUCCUGCCCAGUUACAGAGAUAAUAUUAUUCCCCAGCAGAUUUUUCUUCAGCAAGAUGAAUUGCAUUCACUGGUAUUUGUAAAGUGUCACUUUGACUAUAAUCCAUACAACGACAAUUUGAUCCCAUGCAAAGAAGCAGGGCUCAAGUUUUCCAAAGGAGAAAUUCUUCAAAUUGUAAAUCGGGAAGACCCAAACUGGUGGCAGGCUAGCCAUGUCAAAGAAGGAGGAAGCGCAGGACUUAUUCCUAGCCAGUUCUUGGAGGAAAAGAGGAAAGCAUUUGUAAGGCGGGACUGGGACAAUUCUGGUCCUUUUUGUGGAACAAUAAGUAGUAAAAAGAAGAAAAAGAUGAUGUAUCUCACAACCAGAAAUGCAGAAUUUGACCGUCAUGAAAUUCAGAUCUAUGAAGAAGUAGCAAAAAUGCCUCCAUUUCAGCGAAAAACACUGGUUUUAAUAGGAGCCCAAGGCGUAGGUCGAAGAAGUUUGAAAAACAGAUUCAUUGUAUUGAAUCCCACAAAGUUUGGGACCACAGUGCCAUUUACAUCACGAAAGCCAAGGGAUGAUGAAAAAGAUGGGCAAGCAUACAGAUUUGUGUCACGAGCUGAAAUGGAGACAGAUAUCAAAGCUGGAAGAUACUUAGAACAUGGAGAAUAUGAAGGAAACCUUUAUGGCACCAAAAUAGAUUCCAUCCUUGAAGUGGUUCAGACUGGAAGGACAUGCAUCUUGGAUGUUAAUCCUCAGGCACUUAAAAUAUUGCGGACAUCAGAGUUUAUGCCAUAUGUAGUGUUUAUUGCUGCUCCAGAACUGGAAACACUGCGUGCCAUGCACAAAGCUGUGGUAGAUGCGGGAAUUACAACAAAACUUCUAACAGAUACUGAUUUGAAGAAAACAGUUGAUGAGAGUGCACGCAUCCAGAGAGCUUACAGCCACUAUUUUGAUCUGGUCAUUGUGAAUGACAAUCUAGACAAAGCCUUUGAAAAGUUGCAAACUGCUACAGAGAAACUGAGGACAGAACCACAGUGGGUUCCAAUUAGCUGGGUAUACUGACAGUCUUUCUGAAGACAGGUGUAAUCACCAAACCAGGUUAACUGAAACAAACAUUAUAUUGAGAAAACAUUGUACAGUGCUGCCAGAUACCUGGGAGCACCCGAUUCAUUUUUAUUCUGUGUAUAUUCAGAUAAUGGUAUGCUAUUCCAAGUUUUUAUACAAAAUGUUCAAGGGAAAAGUGUACUUAAAUAUGUAAUUUAUUUUAAUUUUUCUAACUUUUUACAAAUAAUCUUUCUAUUCAUAUCACAUGAAGGAAAUGCGUUGAAGCAUUUUUAUAAAUGUUUUUGAUUUACUACUUUGCCUUUAUUCAUCUAAGGAACUUUCCCGUUGUUCACUUAUACAUCUGGUCUUACAUUUUCACUGUGAUGAGGAGAAAAAUACUUGAAAAAAAGUGUUGGAGUUUUUGUGUGGUUUUAUUUUUUGGUAGAACUCUAUAUAAAUCAGUCAUGUGUUUCACCUGGUCAGUUCCUCUUAAUCAGGGGAAAUCCUAAUCUUUAUUCUAAUAAACAUGUUCUUGAUGUGAACAAAAUUUUCAAUACAUGAAAAGCAACCAGCACUGAGCCAUGUUACUGACACUUUUUUGCUUAAUGUUUAUACAUGUUUUGCAGUUGUCGUGUCUUAGACAGGUGUACUGUAGGUUUUCCUGUAUGUGUUAUCUUUUUACAAACACUAAAAGCAAUAUCUUGCUACUUCCCUAGGAGGCUGUUCUGAUGAGCCAAUGUUUCAGCACAUUAGAAUAAGUAUUACUUUCUCAGAGAUUUAUGUAACAUAAUUCAUUGUGUUCAGGAUCAUGGUGAAGUAGCCUGAGACAGCCUUCUAAAGCAAAGCUUUGCAGUUGAGGCUCAGCAUGUAGGAUGUUUGUUCUCAUUUGUGAAAAAUCAUUGCUUAAAAGAACACCGCCAGCUUUUUUUAAUGAUGACCUUGCCCUGUAUUUGUAUAUUGUUCUGUGACUGGCUUUUCCUUUACAUCAGAAUAUUUAUAAGUGAUUAUGUGUGUUAAUGAAAUGUGAUGUGAUGGGACUUUGAGCUGUCUGUUACCUUGUGUUAAACUGCUUUAUUCACCAAAUAGCUUGUAAAACAAAAGUUACUGUCAGAUGCUAAAAUUUAAUGUUAUUUAUAAGUGGGUUUACUUCUGUUUUACAAUCAUGAUUUUUAUGAUAUUCUUCCUUUUGAGUAGAAAGACCAUAUUAUUUUACAUUCAUAUUGACAUAUACACUUCUGCUGUGUAUUUUUGUUUAAUGAAUAUAGAUGCAAAUUAUCACUAAGGCAGACUAGUCUGGUGAUUGUAUUUUAUAUUAUCCUUGUUGUAAAUAUACCUAUUCAUCACUUACCUGCUAGGUGCCUGACUUGGUGCAUCUGCCCAGUUCAUUUAACAUGUAAGGACAGGCAUUUGGCUACAGAUUUUUUUUCAGCACCAAAGUAUCAUAUUCAAGAUGCCAACAAAGGAGAAUUCUUUGAAAAAGCUGGGAAAAUAAUAAAAAAAAGUUCUUAACCCUCUUGGUUUUUAAACAUUUUUGAUUGUGCACAAGAAAACAGGGUUUGGAUAGUUUUUACUUUAUACAGAGAAAUGAUGAGACACCAAAAAGGUAUUAUAGAUUAAAAACCUUUAAGGUAUUUUUUAAAGACUUAAAUAUAUUUUCUAAAUGUUAUGCAAAUUAUUGCAUAUCUUGUCUUAAUUGCUCUUGGUACUUAGAUUUUAGCUUUUAACUAUCAGAUAUUUUUAAGAAACUUAUAAACUUCUGUUGCAUUAUAUCUGUAGAUAGCCUGAUCUUCAAUGUUUGACAAAUGUACGCAACUGAGUUUGAAAAGUUAUUUUCAUGAGUGGUAUCUAGAAUGAUAAUUUAAAUCAGGGGUGGGCCCAAUGUGGCCCAUGGGUUACAUAGAACCCCCAGGUGUCGCCCCCAAAAAUAAUAAUAAUAAUAAUAAAUCUCUGAAAUGUCCAAAAUGGAUUGCUGGGAGCAUGAAGGGCAUUUCCACCAUGUGUCCACCACUGGACACCACACUCAGGAUCAAAACAAAAUUUUGCAGAAUGUUUCCAAAAAAAGUUAUUUUCCUUCAAAAUGCCCCCAAAUGCUUUCUACAGGCCAAGGAAGAUCCCAAAACAGGAUUCCUACAGGGCUUUGAAUUACCUUUGGGAAGCAAAAUUUUGAUUUGGGGGGGGGGGGGGGGGGCAGUAGAAGGUCGUAGCCCUCCAAGUCCUCCUGGAGAUCUAAUACUAGUUUUUCACAGCUGCCCACCCCUGAUUUAAAAGACAGUAUUCUGCAUUCUUGAUGUCAUUGUGGAUUAGUAAUGAGGUACAAUGUAAUGAUGACUACUUUUAUAGGACUUUUUUUUAAUAGUAGAAACUUGAGUGCAGGAAGUUGCUGAAUCCUAAUUUAGAAUGUUAACUCCUGUUCCUUUGUUUUCCAGUGUUUCACUGGAUGGCAUUCCAAUAGAUUUGGUGCUACUGCUUUUGGCCAGCUUGAGAGAAAGGGAGAGCGAGAGAGACAGGGUGAAUCAGUGUAACCUGGAAUGGGGCUGCUAUUUUGCUCUUAUUCUUACUGAACUACUGCUUGUUUGGAAGGGAUGGAGUGGGUGGAAGAAUUCUAAAACUGAAUAGUCACUUACUGUACUCUACAUCUUAUUGAUGCUCUGAUUUGUUUCUGGCAUAACAGAUGUACAGUGGUUGGAAAGCAGAAGCAGUUAGUGGCCAACAGACAUGAUCAAAGGAAAUUUGAUGAAUAAUGAACAGGAAUUUAAUUUUGUUUAGAAAUAUACCCACACCCUGAAGCUCAGAGUAUAUAUAGCAUCACCCAGACUGUAGAAAGGAAAAGUAAUAGGAAACUAGUUCUUGUCUUAUUGGCUGCCUGGAAGCUCAAUACAACUAGGAAGCAUGUUGUACUAUAGGGAUCUAGUGCUCUCUCUGGGGAUGCAGUUUUCAUGUGUCUCUUCUCUAAAUACCUUGAAAGAACUAAACUGAAUUGUCUCCUUAGCAGCAAUAGCCAAACCAGUACUUGAUUCUUUACAUUCAAGCAUGAUACUAAAGUUGGUGCAUAUGUUUAAACUAUUUAUGACACUGCCAUUAUUUUUUCCAGAAAGCAAGUCCAUGCCAAGUUUAGGAAUAACAGUAUUUAUCAUAAAACCAUGCCUUUGCAGAAGAAUAUUAUUUGAACUGUGAUGCCAAAGGAGGUUAGUCCAGGUCCUCCCAAAUUAAUACUUAAAAACUAAUUUUACAUUUCACACCAUAGUGCCAGUAAUUCAGUUUUUGCCGCACUUGUAUUUUCAACUACUGAGCAUGUGGAAUUUGAAACUUUAUAGUGCAGAGUUUCUAUGUAUCUCCCCCCUCCUUACCACCAUAGAGUGGAGAGAGGGAGAUAGUGGCCAAAGUUCUGGUCCUUCUUGCUGGGGACAGUGCCAUGGUGUUGUAUUCGGUAUAAAGAAGGGAAGGGUUUGCUGCUCAGUAAUAGAGCACCAGCUUUGCAUGUUAAAGAUCCCAGGCUCAAACACUAGCAUCUCAAAGUAGGUCUGGAAAAGGCUCCUUUCUGAAACUGUAGAGAGCUGCUGGCAGUCUAUAUAGAAAAUGUUGGAUGUUGACUUUAGAUGGAUAGCUUGGUAUGAAAAGCAAAUAUGCUCAGAACAAGUCCCAGACAUUCUUUACUUCCAAAAAAGAUUAAGUAUGGUUUUCUUUUGUUUCCUAUCUUUAAAGGAGAAGUUAAAGGAACAGGAUUGAUUUCACUUGUGAUUACUAAUAAGGAGAGUGUAGAAGUGCACACUCAAUGUGAGUACUGUAUAUACUCAUGUAUAAAUCUAGAAAUUUUAGUCUAAAAAUUGACCCCAAAAACCUGGGCUGACAUCCACAGGUCAAAGUAAGUACUGUACUUUAAGUCUUAUUUAAAAAAGGAAAC